GCCAGGAAGAAGGGACUUGGCCAAGGUUAUGGCACUGAGAUUGGAAUCCAGGCUCCUGACCCUCACCCCCGUCCCAGCACAGCGGUGCCUGCCCUGCUGAUACCACAGGACAGCGCUGCCAUUAUCUGCCUGGAGCGGAGAACGGGGAGGAGACAGGUCCCGCCGGACUCUAUCCUGGAAAGUCCUUUUGAAGAAAUGGCCCUGGUGAGGGGCGGCUGGCUGUGGAGACAGAGCUCUAUCCUCCGCCGCUGGAAGCGGAACUGGUUUGCCCUGUGGCUGGAUGGGACCCUGGGCUAUUACCAUGACGAGACUGCGCAGGACGAGGAGGACCGCGUGCUGAUCCGCUCCAAUGUUCGCAACAUAAAGAUCGGUCAAGAGUGCCAGGAUGUGCAGCCCCCAGAGGGCCGGAGCCGAGAUGGCCUGCUGACCGUGUACCUACGGGAAGGCUCCCGACUGCAUCUGUGCGCGGAGACCAAGGACGAUGCCAUAGCUUGGAAGACGGCACUACUGGAGGCGAACAACACCCCGGCCCCAGAUGGAGCCACCGUCCCUCCCAGGAGUCGCCGGGUUUGCCCCAAGGUCAGGUGUGUGACCCGCUCGUGGACCCCCUGUAAGGUUGAGAGGCGGAUCUGGGUGCGUGUCUACAGCCCGUACCAGGACUACUAUGAGGUGGUGUCCCCCAACGCGCAUGAGGCCACAUAUGUCCGCAGCUACUAUGGACCACCCUACGCAGGCCCUGGCGUGACGCACGUGGUAGUGCGGGAGGAUCCCUGCUACAGCGCUGGCGCCCCGCUGGCCAUGGGCAUGCUCGCAGGGGCCGCCACGGGCGCAGCGUUGGGCUCGCUCAUGUGGUCGCCCUGCUGGUUCUGAGUCCUGAGACUCGGCGAGUGGACCCUGCGCAUAGAACGACAGACCUUUUUUCCUCCUUGACCCCACCCUCCAAUAUCCAAAACCUGCCCUUCCUCUCCAUUAGCCCCUUCUGAACUUGGACGAUCCCUCCUACUCCCCACACCCUCACCCCAAAACUGGAAGAAGCUAUCAUCCCAGGCACACACUUAACUCAAAAUCCUUGUAUCUACCGCCAGAUGCCCCAGAAAUCCGUAACAGACACAUAUGGAUAUGUUUCCCCAAUACACAGCAGGAUACAGAAAACACAACUCAUGUGGCUUCAAGUUCCCCAGACUCUCGAGACACAUGAUUCAAGUUCUUCCCUCAGGUGGCUCCAGGCUUGGUGGGGGAAAACGGGUAAACACUUGACAAGGCGGAGUUAUCAGUCCUUGGACAGUGUGAGGGCAGAGAGUGAGGAAGGAAGGCUAGGAGCAAAGUUGUUGGGAAGAGUGAAGAGCCAUGACCAUCACGGCAUGUCCAAAGAAUUCAAAAGGAGUUCAUUUGGGCUGGGGUGGGGACAGGGGCUCAGAUCACAAUGCCCCUCCAGGCUAGGAAGCUUGCUGGGUAAGGAGGUGAUGUGAGGUUUUUUUGGAGGGAAGUCUCACGAUUGCACCUAUAAUGGAUAUAUUGCCUGUUUUUGUUAAUACUGAUACAUACCCAAACCCAAAACACUCCCCGAGUUUAGCCCCAUCCUUCCCACUACUAGCUUACUGGGUGCCGUUCCUUUGGUGGUCAGAAAGCACCUAUUUCCCAUGUCAGGGUGCGUGGGGCAGCAAGUAAGCUGAACCUGGGAUCCCCUUGCUUGGAGGGGGGCAGGUGAGACCUAUUUGGGACCCCCAUCCCUAGGAAGGUGCCUCCAUUGGGAAAUGCACUUCUGCUCCCCAGAAGCUUGGACCUCUGUCCAUAGUGUGACUGUCACCAUCUCAGGCUGUGUCUCCUUCACUCGGGGGUAGAUGGCAGUGUUCACUUCUGGGUCCUCAUCCACCUUUGUCUCAGCCCAGGAGGCCCCACCCACAUGUGCGUCCCUGCGGGUGGCCCAGCAGUCUCCCCAUUUGGUCCCCUUCGUCUCCUCCCCCAUCCUGUCCUAAUCACCAUAGAAAUGCUAACGUUCUUACCCAAGUAGCCAGCGUAGCCUGCUAAUGUUCCCCUGUAGAAAGGGGCUCUAGUGGCCCUGCUGCAGAAACUAAUAAAGGUGUGGUUGGUUCUA